UUAUGGCGCAGUGAGUGUGUAUGGCUGAAAUUAUUUUUAUGACUGCAGGGUCCUGUUUCAAUCACUGGCGUCAGGCAGGCGCACGACACGAACUCAAAGUAUUUCACCUUCUGCAUAUCGCCGUAAAUAUUGCGAACAACAUAACUAGGCUACAACAACUUUUUGAGUUUUAAUUUGCCAUCAACCUAAUAGAAUCAGACGGUUCUAGUAUCCUUCACUUGUGACUUUGAGAAGGUGUCUCUGUUGGACUUGUAGGACCUAGGCUACAGUCAUUUUUUCACUCAGCUUAUGGCGGAGCUGAAGUUUUCUAACUUGUCGUGAGCGCUGAGAGCACUAGUGUUUGCUGAUGGAGCACCUCCAGGGAGCGUGGAAGACCCUGAGCAACGGCUUUGGGAUGAAGGACUCUGUGUUCGAGGGCCCCUGCCUCUCCCCCACCAUGGUUCAGGGCUUUCCCUACCAGCGCCGCUCCUCAGACGACAGCAAGAUCCCCGACUCGAAGACCAGCAGCACCAUCCGAGUCUACCUCCCCAACCAGCAGCGCACCGUGGUGAACGUGAGGCCAGGUAUGACCCUGCACAGCUGCCUGAUCAAAGCGCUGAAGGUGCGGGGUCUGCAGCCGGAGUGCUGUGCUGUCUUCAGACUGCACCCAGGACAGAGGAGUAAAAAGUCACGUAUGGAUUGGAAUACCGACUCUACCUCACUAAUUGGGGAAGAACUGCUGGUGGAAGUGUUAGAUCAUGUCCCCUUGACGACGCACAACUUUGUUCGGAAAACAUUUCUUAAGUUAGCCUUCUGCGAUAUAUGCCAGAAGUUCCUUUUGAACGGUUUCCGUUGCCAAACAUGCGGCUACAAAUUCCAUGAGCAUUGCAGCACCAAAGUGCCCACGAUGUGUGUGGAUUGGAGCAACAUCAGACAGCUCCUGUUGUUCCCUACACCAGGUGAAAGUGGGGGUCCAUCUCUUCCUCCUCUUACAUCUCGACGAAUGAGAGAAUCACUAUCCCGAUUCCCUAGCAGCUCUCUGCACCGCUACUCAACCCCUCACGCCUUCAACUACACGGCCCCCUACCCACCCACAGGGGGCACUCUGUCCCAGAGGCAGCGCUCCACCUCCACGCCCAACGUCCACAUGGUCAGCACCACCCUGCCUGUCGACAGCAGCAUGAUUGAGGAGGCAAUGCGUAAUCAUGAAGCAAUGCGUAAUCAUGACUCAGACGGGAGUUCCCCCAGCCAGAGUCCCACAAACUGGUCACAGUCUAAAACCCCAGUGCCAGACAGACGAGAAAGGGCUCCGUCGUUCAACACUCAAGAGAAACACAAAAUUCGUCCGAGGGACAAGCGAGACUCUAGUUACUACUGGGAGAUCGAGGCCAGUGAAGUGGUGCUGCACUCCCGUAUUGGCUCAGGCUCCUUCGGAACGGUAUACAAAGGGAAAUGGCACGGUGACGUAGCAGUGAAGAUCCUAAAGGUGAUUGACCCCACACCGGAACAGUUCCAGGCCUUUAGAAACGAGGUGGCUGUGCUAAGGAAAACACGACACGUCAACAUCCUAUUGUUCAUGGGCUACAUGACGAAGGACAACCUGGCCAUCGUGACCCAGUGGUGUGAAGGCAGCAGCCUCUAUAAACACCUCCACGUCCAGGAGACCAACUUACAGAUGUUCCAGCUCAUAGACAUCGCCAGGCAGACAGCUCAGGGCAUGGACUAUUUGCACGCCAAAAACAUCAUCCACCGGGACAUGAAAUCAAACAAUAUCUUCCUACACGAGGGCCUGACGGUGAAGAUUGGCGACUUUGGCCUGGCCACAGUCAAAGCCAGGUGGAGUGGUUCUCACCAGGUGGAGCAACCUUCAGGAUCCAUACUGUGGAUGGCUCCAGAGGUUAUACGGAUGCAGGACAAUAUGCCCUAUAGUUUCCAGUCUGACGUAUACUCUUACGGUGUUGUCCUCUAUGAGCUGAUGACAGGAGAGCUGCCAUACUCACAGAUAGCCAACAGAGACCAGAUCAUCUUCAUGGUGGGUCGGGGGUACCUGUCUCCAGACCUCAGUAAGCUUUAUAAGAGCUGCCCCAAAGCCAUGAAGAGGCUGGUGGCUGACUGCAUCAAGAAAAUCAAAGACGAGAGGCCUCUGUUUCCCCAGAUCCUGUCGUCCAUUGAGCUGCUCCAGCACUCCCUGCCUAAGAUCAACCGUAGUGCCUCAGAACCCUCCCUGCACAGAGCCUCCCACACCGAGGACAUCAACAUCUUCACAUCAACCUAUAGCAGGCUGCCUGUGUUCUAGAAUUACAGCACCCAACCUGCCCCUCCUACAUGCUCCUAUUCCAAAACAUACACACGUGUGCAUGACACACGCCGACACACACACGCUCACACACAGACGGAAUAUCACCGGCAAAGAGGAAGAGGACUGACUGGUAGGAAAGGUGACAGUGAAUGGGAUUUCAGUCACUGACUGAGUUGUGCCAGUGAAGGUUUUGGUGUAGAGAGCAGAGGAAAACGACCCAUUGGUUUGGAGAAGAUGAUUGGCAGUGAAGGAAAUGAAUGCCCAUUUUUAUAGGUUUAAUCAGAGGCCUACUUUUCCCCGUGGCUAAUAUGGGUGCAACGGACAGAGUGGCAAUGCAGUUAAUGAAAUAUGUGAACGAAAGCACACCUACCUGGGGACAGUGAGGCAGCACCCUCUGUGGGUCGGGAAUGCAUCCGGUUUUCAGGGGAAAUGGAAAAGAGCGCCUGUGACACGACUUCCGCUUCCACUUUGUUUGCUGGGCAAGGUGGUCAAAUGGUUAGAGCGUUGGGCCAGUAACCAAAAGGUUGCCAGAUUGAAUCCCAGAGUUGAAAAGGUGAAAAAUCUGUGUGCGCCAUUGAUGAUAAAUGUAAUGUACUGCGUCUUGGACGUUAACAAGGCGACACUCCAUCUUGACUCCUCCUCCACAUUUAGUGGAUUGGUUCAACAGUGCAGAAGAGAACCUCCCCCAGACAGUUUUUUUUUUCUCUCGUCAGGACCAGAAAGAGAAAUGUUGCUCAGGUGUUUCUUUUACGCCUGCUAUGUUAGGUUAGUGAGGUAGAGACAUUGAAGGAACCGCAGGUGAGAGAGCAGUAAAAAGCUCUCUUAUCUCUGUGCUGUGAAGCACACCUUUCAGUCUGACUGACGGGGACUCACUGCCUUGGUUUAUUAUGAAGAAUAGUUUCUCUUAAGCUGACCUCCCUGAAGAGGAGAUGAAGCCUCGACACAGACCCUGCACAACCUCACCUAGGAUGAUUCUUAUAUAAAAAAAAAAGUGUGAUGCAAUCUGUUGGUUUCUUAGGAUUAUUUGAUUGUGCAUCGUCUUAAAUCGGAUAGAGAUAUUAAAUGAUUAUCAGUGUCUUCAUCUUCAUGCUUUUAUUCUUUUUUUUUAUUCUGGAAAAUUAUAGUCUGUCAGUCUGUCACGCAUGAGUGAUUGAGGAAGACAUUUUUUUGUGUGUGCACAUUUUAACUAAAGCGAUGACUAUUUCUACGGUCCAUGUGAUUGGUUCAUGGCUUUGCUGAGAGUUCUUGUCAGUAGUUACCUACACAUUUGAAUCAGCCUUCUCUUUGGGUGAACCAUCGCAAGCUGGAUAUUAGGCAGUUCUCUUUAAUAUGUAGAAAAAUAUUUGACAUAAUUAGCAUUUUGUCUGCCAUGUCUCUUUCAGGAGGUUAAACAUUUUUAUUGUAAACGUGGUGAGAAUGUUUAUUCCAGGUUAUUUUAAUAAAAUGAAGUUAAACUAAA